UUCGUAGCUUCGUGUAGCGCGGGAAACAAUUUAAACCUAAAGGAAGGGAUUUUAAACUAAAAAAACACAGUGCGUCGAGAAAUACCACCUCUUUUCUCUUAAAAAAAAUGCAACGAAAUGCAAAUAUUUAUGGACAAAUAAAAAGAAAAAAAGUGCCUUGAAUCUCGGUUUCAAUUGCGGCCAAAAGAAUCAGUUCCGGACCGUCAUUUAAGAAGCAACGUAAUGGACCACUGGAAACCGUUACAGUUUGAAGCAUAAUUAGAUUCUUGCUCUCGUUUUUUUUUGCCAAUAAAACACUUUGAUACUGAUCCUGUCAUAUGAAAGACUGUUGCUUACCCGGUAUAAGGUGUCGCGAUUCGGGGAAGAUAAAUUAGAUUUAAGCAAUACGGCCAGACUGUUCUAUUAGAAUAAAAAAGAGAAUUUAGGCGGUGAUGAAUGAAUUGCCAAAAGCGUAACAAAUUACCGUUUCGGGUAGAUUCAUCUGCAGCAGUCACAAUUCGCCAUACCAUCACAUGCCCCAUGCCAUCCACAAAAGAUUCCAAAGCUCAAGGUGAAGUGCACAUCUUGAGCCCGUGCUCGACGUAAGUGAUUGGAGUAAAUAAAUAAAUAGUUUUUUUUUUGCCUUCCACCCAAUUCUCCGACCCAGCUGCUGGUAUUAUCUGCGUUCUGAGUUUGUCCAAAAACCCCUGACGAUUCAAAUACGUUUCAACAUCCGAACGGUACACAUAUCGCAGCGGUCCGAACCAUGGGCUGGCAAGACGUAGCUUUUGUGCAAAUUUUUGUGCUCUCGGUGUUUGUCGUGUCUUGUUGGUCCGCUGCUGAGCAUCCCAAAGAUGAUUACGAGCAUAUGCCGCCACUGUUUCAAUAUGAAAAUUUAACCGACUGUUUUGAGCAAUAUCCCUCGAGCGUUUACUGUGUUGUGAAAACGGUUCUGAAACCUACGGCGGACUCCAAGAUAUGGCAGUCUAUAGAGAAAUACUCCAAAAACCCUUCCUACCACGACCAUUCGCUUCUCGAUCGAGGAAUGUGUGUAGCAGCGUGCAUAAAACUGGUGAACAGCUUAAACUCUUCGCACAAAGCCACUCUCGAUACGGAACCCCUCACGGUGAAACCCUACCAUCUUCUUUCGAUUCCGUCAGAACAAAACGGUCUUCCUCAACAUGAGGCUCGGUACGGUAGGAUCCUCAACAUCUGUGUAAACCACCACCUGCAGCAGCGUUACAAUCUGACCGGAUAUUCCGAGCUAGAACGAUGCACCACAGCGGAAUCCCACCGUCCAGCACUUGAUGCGUACCACGUGCUGUUCGGACUGAUCGUCGUGAUUCUUUGUGGAGCGGUUGGCUACGCUAGCUAUACCGAUUGGCGUGCCACCAAGCCACCGUCCGACAACAACAACGAAUCACCGAGACAGCGUGCUGAUGGCCUCUGGAUGGAGUUUUCACUCCGGCGAACCUGGUCCCAGCUGAUUGCCGCACCAAAGUCUAGCCUUCAGCGAGAUUUCGCUUUCGUUGAGAUCUUUCGCAUGCUGUCGGUGUUGAUCAUACUUGCCAUUCACGUGUCCAUGUGCUUUACGGCAGCACCGACGGCAAACAUGCGCCCACUGGAGGAGUUUUACGGGUUAAAGCUUUCGCUGAUCGCUGUAAGCGUGUUUCCGUUUCAGGUGCACACCUUUUUCACGAUCAGUGGCGUUAUGUUGGCGGUGCAUUUUCUCGAACAUGCCGCUUCGAAGGCGCACCGUAUCGGAUGGUCUUUCCUGUGGAAGGGCGUUGUGAUGCGUUAUGUUCGGAUUUUCCCCGUCCUGUUUGUGGUUUGGUUGUAUCAGGUGUCCUGGCUCGAUUGGUUUGCUCGGGGACCGGGGGACUAUAGAUACUUUGAGCUGGAGAAGGAUAACUGUCGCACUAAUGGAUGGCUGAACUUUUUGUUCCUCAACAAUUACUUUAAAUACAGCAAUAUGUGUAUGCAACAAACAUGGCACCUGGCAGCCGAUUUUCAGUUCUUUCUUGUUGGACUUCCCUUGCUGCUGCUGAUCAACCGUCAUCCACGACUGCUGGUACCGCUGCUAACUGCCACAACGAUCUUCUCCAUUGGAGCUCCUAUCGUGAACCUUUACCACCAUAAACUGCCUGGAGUUAUCCUUGCUAACUUCAAGCAACUCCGUUUCGUUUUCUACGCUCAUCCGGCCCUGAAAAAUGAUUACAUGCUGUCACAUCCACAUACCUGCAGCUACUUCAGUGGACUGUUCGCCGGGAUAGCGUACCAUCGCUAUAGAAAAGCUUCGGUCCCCGUCCUUACCAACGGAACUACUGCGUGGCUAUUGAAAUGGGUGCCACCAACGAUGGUUCUACUGCAGGCUAUUGUUUCUCCUCUAUUCUACGCGCUAGACUACAGUCAACCGAUGCUUUGGAAUGCAAUCUACGGAGCGGUUCAUCGAUGUUGCUGGGGUGCCAUGUGUGCGACGGGCAUUCUGUAUGGUGCAACGGUAUGGCAGGGACGUCACUCGUGGCUUCACUUCCAUCCUGUGCUUCAAAUGCUGAGCAAACUAUCAUUCGGUGUGUUUAUGGUGCAGUUUAACGUGCUGAAGAGUCUGACGCAAAAUGCUACCGGCAAUGGAAUUGACUUCACUUGGAAGAUUUUCUUUGAAUCUGUCGCCUACACGUGGAUCGUUUGCUACGCUAUAGCACUCGUACUAGCCCUGAUGGUCGAACUACCGGCAGCUGCCAUUUUCAAACGAUUGUUUGGAGCAACCAAAUCUCAACACGAUGGCAAGGAAAAGGAUGCUACAAAAUCGGAGUAAAGAGAGUUAAAUUGAAUGCUUAAUGCCAGCAGCCAAACCAGGGAUUUGUCUUAAAGCAAUUCUACGUUACUU